CAAUGGAUAGUGCCACGAUCCACGAUGAAAUUGAAGACUGUAGUGAGAAACUGACCGUCGACGGUUGGUUGAAGCGUGUGGAACGUCGACGACAGCUUGCGUACACAGCCGACUACGAUCUCUGCAGCGAUCAACAGAUGAACGAUGAGGUGCUUGCCAAGCGUGGCUCCUGGACGGGGCGCUACGAUUUCCUGCUGUCGUUGCUGGGGUACUCCGUAGGUUUGGGAAAUGUUUGGCGCUUUCCCUACCUUUGCUACAGCAAUGGAGGAGGAGCUUUCCUGAUACCGUUCACCGUGAUGCUGGUCAUAGCCGGUCUGCCACUAAUGUUCAUGGAGCUUUCCCUUGCGCAGUACGUCGGUUUAGGGCCUGCCAUACUCUUCAAACGGUUAGCUCCACUGUCGGAGGGCAUCGGAUACGGUAUGAUACUGGUAUCGGGAAUGGUUAUGCUUUAUUACAACGUUAUUAUUGCCUGGACCGUGUUCUACAUGGUGGUGUCCUUCGAAGCUCCACUACCAUGGAGAGGCUGUCAGCACGAGUGGGCUACGGCGAACUGUUUUUCGUACGAGGAGGAGGACAAUUGUCUGGCCGCCAAUCGAUCGUACUACAUGGCCUCUUGCCUGUCGAACGAACGAUUUCGUUCUCUCAACGCAACAGUCCGCAUGCCACGGAAACCACCUGCAGAAGAAUUUUUCAAAAAUUAUUUUCUCCAAAUUUCAUCUGGUAUCGAGGAAACUGGUAUGAUAAACCAACGGCUAGCCAUCUGUCUGCUGGCCGCUUGGGUGAUUGUGUUCCUCUGUCUGUCCCGCGGUGUGAAAAGCUCCGGCAAGGUAGUUUACUUUACCGCCCUCUUCCCGUACGUAGUUCUGGCAGCACUCUUCGUCCGUGGCCUUACACUGCCCGGUGCGUACGAUGGAAUUCUAUAUUACGUUCGUCCGGACUGGGACAAGCUGCAAACCGCCCAGCUAUGGGGAGAUGCCGCCGUACAAAUCUUCUUCGCCCUCAGUCCGGCCUGGGGUGGACUGCUGACGCUUGCUUCGUACAAUCGGUUCGACAACAAUUGCUACCGGGAUGCGAUCGUGGUGGCCAUUUCCAAUAUCCUGACAUCGUUCUUUGCCGGCUUCGUCAUAUUCGCCAUCAUCGGUUUUCUGGCACACGAACUGGAUACCGGGGUGGACAGUGUUAUCGAUCAGGGCGCUGGACUGGCGUUUGUCGUGUUUCCAGAGCUCGUGGGAAAACUGCAGAUGCCUCGACUCUGGUCGGUGCUGUUCUUUUUCAUGCUACUAACGCUCGGGCUAGACUCACAGUUUACGCUGAUGGAAACGGUCGUGACGGCGGUGCUGGACACGUUUCCUGCCCUGCGUCGAAGGAAGGUUGCGGUCGUCGCCGGUGUCAGCAUCGUUGGAUACCUCGGUGGAUUAAUCUUUGUGACAAACGGCGGGAUGUACUGGUUCCAGCUGUUUGAUAAGUAUGCUGCUAACUGGUCCGUACUGCUAAUAGCCAUCGCUGAGUGUGUUCUAGUCGGAUGGGUUUACGGUGCGGAAAGGUUCAUCUGCAAUAUAGAAGAAAUGAUGGGAAAGCGGUCGAAAUGGUUCCACCGGUUUUGGGUCACAGUUUGGAAGUACAUCACACCCGCAAUGUUGUUGUUUAUACUUUGCUUCAACUGGCUGCAAUACAAACCUGUGUCGUACGGUCGAUAUAUCUAUCCAAACUGGGCCGACUUGAUCGGUUGGAUAAUAGCCCUAGCUCCCUUUGCAAUUGUGUUGUUGGUGGCAGUUAGGAAAAUGUGUACCAACACUGGAUCAAUCACUUGGCAGUCUUUCCGAAAGAUGCUGCAGCCCACAGUCGAUUGGAAACCUUCGCAGCCUCGGAUGGCUUCGGAGAUGGCGUAUGCUAACAGUAGCGGAAUUGAACUGUAAUGC